AUGAUUUCAAUCCAACAAACCUUAUUAGGAAUUGCUCUUUUCCAUCAUAACUUAAUCAGCGCAGCUCAUGAUGGGAUCUUUCAAACUAACAAUCACAACAUCGAUUCAGAGGUAUUUGGGAACCUUGAAGACAUGACCGACUUCAAUUUUGCACGGCAUCGAAUCUCAGAGACAGACACUUUUCAUAAUAUGGACCUAGUUUUAACCAACCGCCUGCCGAGAGAAUCCUCCCACAGCUAUUUUCCCGAUGUUUACAACUAUCGCAAUAGCGCCGGAUCAGUGCCAACCUCCAGUUUGAGCACCGGUGUAGUUAGUGAAAAAGGAAUCCAAAAUACAAACAAUGUCUAUCAAACCUCAAACCCCUUUCUCAAAGAACGUGAAUUAUACGAAGGGUUGGGAGUGGAUCAACAUGCCGUUUAUCAAUCCCUACCGAAAACCGUAUCUACGAGCAAGCCGCGUUCCUCAGAAUCGCACCUUGAAUGGAAAUCCAGAGCCAAAUCUAUGAAAGGUCCUCGAAAAAUGAACAAGAUUGGUCUGACCGCACAGCAAGAUAACUCUCAGAGUGCUAUCCACGGCCCAUUAAAUCAAACCGGGAAUCGAAAAACCAAAAAAUAUGUCAGAGUUAAAGCUGAAGUAAUUUUCAAAGAACUUGAGGACGCCAAGAAAGACACAAUUCUUGGUAAACAACUUGUGGCGGCUCGAGAAAAAGAAUACAAGAUGGCAACUGAUGAGAGAAAGGCGUUCAAGGAUUUCCGAAAUAAGGUUGAAAAUAAAAGAGAAGAAUUACAACUUGCAUAUGGGGUUCGAAACACAAGGCAAUACAGAGUUGCAUUAGAAUUGUUUUUACAGCAAACAGAUCCCGAACUUGAAGGGAAAAAGAUUGCUAUUUACCCUCCCCCUUUCCGCCACACAUUAUCAAGAAAUGGGAUGGAGGCAAACCACAACUCCUACAUCAAGCUGAUAUUACCAUCGGCCGCAAGAAAACAAUCUGAAAACAAAGGCAACAAACUGCUGUGGCGCAACUAG